AUGGAAGAGGGACCUAGCAGGUCAAGGAAAAACACAGAUCUAAAAACUACGGACACUCGCAUAAUUCUCUCACCUGUGAUUCAGUCACAGCGAACUCUAGAACCUCGAUGUUUAUUCGAGGACGAUGAAGAUGACUUGCAGAUGGUGGAUGUGCUACCAGCGCACUCCGAGCCGGUUGGAACCUACCGGAAGCGAGCCGCGAAGAUGAUGGUGACAACACCACAAGGGAAGCGAGUCCUCACUAGCGACGCCAGGCUCCAUCUGGAGAAAAUCAAAGCUCAGAAAAAGGCUCAACAGCAGCUGAUCCCUCUCACUAUCGAAGAGGAGGUCAGAAGCCUGGACAAUAGGAGGAGACUCCUUGAGGCGAAGCUAAGGCAAAAGCAAGAAAUAGACCGAUUGGAGGCAGCACUGGGAAUCCGCAAAGAAAUAGAACCCUCGGCGGAAUACCAGACCGAGGACCACGAUCCUUCAUGGAGACCUUCUGCCAACAGCAAACAAUCUUAUCGAGAAGAUUCUGAGGGGUCUUACAGCUCUAGACGACACAAACGAAGGUCAACUCAUGAAAACAGAGAGGACGAAGACUCAGAGACCUCUGAUGCAAAGAGCCAAAAGAGCUCAGACAUGGACAGAUUCCGAGAAGAAUUCGCACUAAUGAAGGAACAACUAAAAUCUCAACCAAGAGGGUUUGACUUUCCAUCAGGAAAUCCCUUAUCAAUCGACAUCGAGAAUGCCAAAAUUGACAGGAACAUUAAAAUCCCAUCUGUAGAACUGUUCGAUGGAUCCACGGACCCAUCAGAUUUCCUCAAUAUGUUUGAUGGACGAAUGUCCUUCUGCGGCCACUCUGAGGUGGCAAGAUGCCGUUUCUUCGGCACAUGUCUCAAGGGGACAGCUCUCACAUGGUACAACAACCUGCCCCCACGGUCCAUUGACUCAUGGAUCACUAUGAAAAACAAGUUCAGAGCUAGGUUCUCUAUCAACAAAAGAGGGGGAAAGAUCACCGCCUCAUUAAUGACCGUAAGACAACGGUCCUCAGAACCGAUACGUGAUUUCUUGGACCGAUUUAGAACUGAAAUGGCAAACAUCCCUAACUUGGUCGAGGAGUUGGCGGUCAAUUAUUUGGCAGCAGGAAUUGACAAGACAAGGCAUGGGCAGUUGUUGGAAGAGUUCUUUGAAAAAAGUCCUCGGACCAUAGAGGCGGCAAUGGAUAUCUUUGAGCGCAGAUUAACACUUCAGGAAGCAGUGGGUAGCAUACAAAUCACGUCACCACGAUCCAAACGAUGGGACAAGAAUUCUUCCCCAAAGGGACAAUGGUCCAGGGGAUUAGGACAAGAAAAGGGAAAAACUGAAGCAGGCAAGCAGACCGAUAUCCAAAAAAGGUCCGCGGUCCAGGAGCCUCAUCAGUCUAACAGGCCUUGGCCCCCUCGCCCUCCGCGAGAAGAAAGACAGUUCUCCAAACUAAACAUGGAUAUUGCCACAAUCCUAGCAAUCAUGAAGGCAGACCCUAACUACAAACCGCCUAGACCAAUGAAUCCAAACAGACCCCCUAGCUCGAAGUAUUGCGAUUAUCACGAGGACACAGGCCAUCUAACAGAAAAGUGCUUUCAACUCAAACACGCAAUAGAAAAUAAAAUUCAGAGUGGAGAAUUUUCUCACCUCGUCCAAAGGGAGGACCCAACCAGUGAGGGCAACAAGAGCUCAGACAGAUUGAUCGAUGUCAUUUCAGGAGGAUACAUUCCUAAGGGCCUCCCAGACCAGAACAAUAUGGUCUUCCAGGUGGAAACAAAAAGACAAAGGAAGGGCCCAUCACUUGUCAUAUCCUUUUCAGACAACGACUACACAGAUGGCAUAGAGCGGUCUCAUCAUGACGCCUUAGUAAUUACAGUUAAAAUGGGAACCAACACAGUCAAAAAAGUCUUAAUCGACAAUGGAAGUUCUGUAGAUGUUUUGUUCCAUGGAGCGUUUUCAAGAAUGGAUGUUGGAGACCGAAAACUGGGUGAUGCAAGACAUUCCCCCUUGUAUGGAUUCACAGGCAAUGAGGUAAAGGUCCUGGGUAUCAUCGAUCUACCGGUCCUUUUCGGAUCUCCCCCGCAACAAGUAUGGCACAUUGUGAAAUCUCAUGUUGUUAGUGCUUCAUGUAGCUACAAUGCAAUUCUAGGCAGAACCACACUAUCAGCUCUAAAAGCAAUAACUUCAAUACCUCACCUAAAGAUGAAAUUCCCAACAGAGUUUGGGGUAGGAGAAGUCAAAGGAGACCAAAAGGCCUCGAAGCAAUGUUAUGACAACAAUAUAACGCCUAGAUACAGGACAACAAAAAGUGCCAGUGAAACAGUGAACCAAAUACGAGAUGAGCCAAUGGAGGAAGAAAUCAAAAUAGAAGAGAAAGAAGCAGUGGACGUUCCUCGUGAAUCGGUCUGCCAACCAAUCGGUCCAACAGAACAAUUUGAGCUGGACCCAUCAAACCCAGGGAAGCUUAUCACCAUUGGAUCAGGAUUGGACCCCUUGGUUAAAGAAGAACUGAUAACUCUCAUCAGGGAAUACGCGGACAUCUUUGCUUGGUCACCAAAAGAUAUGCCCGGUAUUCCAGAAGCAAUAGCCCUCCACAAACUCAAUAUCAGUCCCACAUACAAGCCAGUCCGGCAAAAGAAAAGAAUAUUUUCCCCCGAAAAACAGUCGGCCAUAGAUGCCGAACUAGACAGACUCCUAGAAGCAGGAUUCAUUAAGGAGGUCCAAUUUCCCACUUGGAUCGCCAACACCGUUUUAGUCAAAAAGAGUAACGGCAAAUGGCGAAUGUGCAUCGAUUAUUCUGAUCUUAAUCGAGCUUGCCCAAAGGACUUCUAUCCUCUGCCCAAUAUAGACCAAUUGAUCGACGCCACUUCGGGUCAUGAACUGUUAUCCUUCAUGGACGCUUUUUCAGGGUAUAACCAGAUCAAAAUGGCCCCAGAGGACCAAAACAGUACAGCCUUCAUCACCCAUAGGGGAAUUUUUGCAUAUAAGGUAGUCCCAUUCGGUCUCUUAAAUGCAGGAGCUACAUUUCAACGAACCAUGGAUACAAUCUUUGCUUCACAAGUGGGAAGAAACAUGCAGAUAUAUGUAGACGAUAUGAUAGUUAAAUCCUUGAAAGCAAAUGAACAUUCGAAGGACCUAAGAGAAACAUUCACUCGCAUAAGAGAACAUUCAAUGAGACUCAAUCCCACUAAAUGCUCCUUCGGUCUAGCAGGAGGAAAGUUCUUGGGAUUCCUCCUAACCCAAAGAGGGAUAGAGGCAGAUCCAGCUCAAAUCUCAGCUAUCAAAGAAAUGCCAGCACCAAAAACAAUCAAAGAACUCCAAACACUCACGGGUUGUGUGGCGGCCUUAAGACGGUUCAUACCACAAUCCUCAAAAAGGAUGAGGCAAUAA